CCAUGUGAUAGAGUCUGCUGUAACUAUAUUUUGCGAUUAGUGCGCGUGGCUGACCGCAUGUGGCAUAAAGAAUUUGAUUUGUAACUUUUAUUCUUGUCUUAAGAAUAAAAGGAUGUCUAAGAAAGUUGAUCGCACAAGAAUAGACGUCUUUGGAACUAAUGCAAGAGUAGAAUGUACUGCUACUGCUCUUUCCCACAGUGUGCUCGCAGGUGUAAUAGGAGUUUUUCUUCCUCUUACUCUGAAAUAUAUUAAAAUUAUACCUAUAACAAUCCAAAGCCAAUCCUUGAUGGCAUUGGUAGGUUGUGGUACUUUAUCAUUGCUUGUUUUAAAGAUAGAAAUGGCCUAUUGUCCGCCUGAUGAAUUGCCACAGAAAACUACAAGGGUGUGUUGAACAGUGAAUAUUUGGUUUACGUUUGGGUAGAAACUGUUUGAGGAAAAUCAACAUGCAAUUUGUUAGGAAACUGGCAUGUUUAAUAACCAAGAGAACAUCUAAUUAUUGUAAACUAAGGAUCACCUGUAGAAGUAAUACAUAUAUACCUCAGAUCAUAAUUUCAAGAUUUAGACAUGAACUACCAGAUUUAGAAGAUGACGAACAAGAAAAUGAAAUGUAUGAUACCAUGUCUGCACAAUAUCUUGGUAAAGCUAUAGCAGGUCAUAGAGUAUUUGUUGUUCAACCAUAUAUAAAAUGGGGUCGAGAUAAGAAAAGAAAUACAACACCAGAAUUACAAUUAGCUGAAGCAGAAGCACUGAUCAGAACUCUGCCUAAUUGGUCAGUUGUAGAAAGAUCGUUUGCUCCAUUGUUAUCUUUGCAGAAAAAAAGAUUGCUUGGGUCAGGAAGUUUAGAAACUUUGAAAACAAAGGUUCGCAGUAAUAAUUAUGUCACUGCUGUGUUCAUAAGUACAAAUGUGCUAAAACAAGUGCAGUUAAUUGAAUUACAAAAUGCUCUGGGAGUUCCUGUAUAUGAUCGCUAUGGAAUAGUCAUUCAGAUAUUUAGAGCUCAUGCGAAGAGUCGUGAGGCGAAAUUGCAAGUAGCUUUAGCAGAGAUUCCAUACUUUUGGAGCAAAAUAAAUACAAUAGCGGAUCAGCGUGGUGGGCAGAUAAAUUUAAUAGAAUCUAGGAGAAAACUGCUCCAAGCUCGCGAAGUGAAAUUAAAAACUGCAUUGAAGAAAUUAAAAGGCCAUCGAGAGUUACUAAGGUCUAGUAGACAAAAAUCCUCUAUACCUAGUGUAGCUGUAGUGGGGUACACAAAUGCUGGAAAAACGUCUUUAAUAAAAGCUUUAACUGGUGAUGACUCAUUGGAACCAAAAAAUUAUUUAUUUGCAACACUCGAUACGACUGCUCACGAAGGAAUACUACCAUGUAGAUUAAAAGUGCUCUACAUGGAUACAAUAGGAUUUAUUCAAGAUGUGCCAGAAGCUCUCAUAGAACCUUUUGUAGCCACAUUGGAGGACGCCAUGAUUGCGGACGUGAUAGUUCACGUGCACGAUGUUAGUCAUCCUGAUAGUCGAGCACAAUUUGACCAUGUUCAUCGAACAAUAAAAAAUUUAAUCGACGAUGAACGACCAAUAAUAGAUGUAGCAAACAAAUGUGAUCUUGCAAAACCAGAUGGUAUUCCAAACGAAGUCUUACCGGUAUCGGCAGUCAAUUUUACAGGUAUUGACCUAUUGAGACUGCGAAUCCAAAAGAAACUUCUAGCAGCAACGGGUCGUCUGUCUAUAAGAAUUAGAGUGGAAUCUGGAAGUCGAGCAGCGGCAUGGUUGUAUAAAGAAACUGCAGUGACAAAUGCUGAACCCGAUCCGAAGAAUCUACAGUAUUUAUAUUUGGACGUAAUAGCUACAGAAACGCAACUUUACAAGUUCAGGCACUUUUUAAAGCAAUAAAGCGCUAGUAAAUGUACAGCAUCACUUUACAGUUUUCACAGUCUUGGCAGCCUGGUACCGUCAUUGAAACCUCCUUCGUUUUUAUGGUCCACCCUAUAAAUGUGCAUAACACGUGUUGCCUCGCACUAGCAGUUUUAGGCAUCUAAAUGCCAGAUGCAUGAUCGGUCAAUGAAAAGCAUCUAAAUUUAAAGAUAACCGUGAUAAAGAAAAAGUGGAGUAAAGCAGGAGUCGCCGCAUGGCGACGGGAAAUGAACGAGAUAAGGAAGUUUGUGCCUCUUGAAAAUCAACUAAAGUUGGCGAAGGCGAGGCGAGGAAUUCUAGUCGUAAGAAUAAAUUAAACCAUGGCAAAGUUAAUUGAUACACGCUCAGAGCCACAAGGAGCCGGAGAAAAUAAUCUCGCGAAUAAUGUUGCCUAGAAAUUUGGGAUGGUGAAUCUCAGUGAAAAUGAAAGCGAACCGCAAUAGGCCAGCAAGUGGUGUGAUUUAACAGGUGUGAGAACGUAAUUAAUAGAAGUACAGGUCAAAUGGAGCAUACUACAGUCGGUUGUAUUACUGUUGUUAAAAAAUUAAUAAACUAUUGUACUUACAUA